AACUUUGCUCUCUGUCUCGCUCUGGCUUUAAAGUUACUACCAAAAUUUGGUCUUCUCUAUCUCAACCGGUCACUCUCUCUCUCUCAGUUUAUAGGAGGAAUCUUUUAGUAUUUGCUUUAAAUCAGCGAUUGAGGGGAAUGUUUCAAAAGCUCUUCGGUUAUCAGAGGGGGAGAAAAGCCAAGCCCAAAGAUAAAGUAAGAUAAAUAUUUCUCAUCUCCAAAUGAUGUAAUUCUCCUCUUGGCUCUUACACGAGUGGAAUAAAAGAAGCUAAAGUACAACAGAAGAACAUUAUUAAAAAAAGGGUUUUUGUUUCUGCUUUCCCAUUUUCCCUUUGCAAUUAUCAAUCACCACAUUUGGUUGCUGCGUGGGGAGAGAUUGAGUUUGGGGCAACUGCGGGAUGGACCCUGCUGUUCUCGAUGACAUAAUCAAUCGGCUUCUUGAAGUUCGAGGUCGACCGGGGAAGCAGGUCCAGCUCUCAGAGUCGGAGAUCCGGCAGCUCUGUCUUGUUUCCAAAGACAUUUUCAUGCAGCAGCCCAAUCUAUUGGAGCUUGAGGCGCCCAUCAAGAUUUGCGGUGACAUUCACGGUCAGUAUUCUGAUCUGUUAAGGCUUUUUGAAUAUGGUGGAUUACCUCCACAAGCAAAUUACCUAUUCUUAGGGGAUUAUGUGGAUCGCGGCAAGCAAAGCCUGGAGACCAUUUGCCUUCUUCUUGCAUAUAAAAUAAAAUAUCCAGAAAAUUUUUUCCUCUUGAGGGGCAAUCAUGAGUGUGCUUCUAUAAACCGUAUAUAUGGAUUUUAUGAUGAAUGCAAGCGGAGAUUCAACGUUAGGCUGUGGAAAGUCUUCACUGAUUGCUUUAACUGCUUGCCAGUGGCAGCUCUCAUAGAUGAAAAGAUUCUCUGCAUGCAUGGAGGCCUUUCUCCUGACCUCCAUAAUUUGGAUCAAAUAAGAAACCUACAGCGUCCAACAGAUGUCCCAGAUACUGGUUUGCUCUGUGAUCUCCUUUGGUCAGACCCCAGUAAAGAUGUUCAAGGGUGGGGAAUGAAUGAUAGGGGUGUCUCAUAUACCUUUGGUGGUGACAAAGUGACAGAAUUCCUUCAGAAGCAUGAUCUUGACCUUGUUUGUCGUGCUCACCAGGUCGUGGAGGAUGGAUAUGAGUUUUUUGCUAAUAGGCAACUUGUAACAAUAUUUUCAGCACCUAAUUACUGUGGGGAGUUUGAUAAUUCAGGUGCUAUGAUGAGUGUGGAUGAGACUCUGAUGUGCUCUUUCCAAAUACUAAAGCCUGCAGGAAAGAAAGCAAAGUCCAGUUUUGGGAGCACAACUACGGCAAAGCCUGGAACUUCUCCAGCAGGAGUCAAGUCUUUCCUUGGUGCAUAAGGGUGACAGUUGCCUUUGAGAUGGAGGAGAUGACCUGUAUGUGUUUGUGAUGUGCUACGACUGGCCAUCUGGAGGAAUUCAAUUUUAUUUGAAUUAGUUCAAAGGUGUAAAGAAAGGGAGAAGCCUUCAUUUAAAAAGAAUUACAAAGAAUGUUUUUUCUAUCCUUAUAAAGGUUGCUCACUCUAUGUACACUAGCUGCUGCUAUGAAUGAUCGUCGUGUGAACUAGAAUGUGUUAUUGUCUCCCCAAACCUUUAUGCAAUGUUCCCCUAUACUCUUCAGCAUUGCAGCAGUUGCCGGAGGUGGAUUGUGAAUGGUAACUGCUCUUGCUACUUGCUGGGUAUUCUGUAAGUUUUCUAACUUAAACCUCCUGAAGGCUGAAGCUGGGCUAGAGGAUUUA